CUCGGCUCUUCAGCCCUUCGCUUCACGAGAUUGGUUAUACAAUAAUAAAGACUGGAGUAGUUCGUGCAGCGAUUUUCUUCAGUAUUUUUGAUAAUAACCAUCUCGGGGCGAAUACCCCUACCCUGGACCUUUUUUUACGUUAGUUUGUGACAGACAGUCAAUUGAAGAUGGCGAUAGGUAUUCUGGACCCCGGGCCGGGCGUCGCGGCGCUGCAGGCUUGGGGCGGCCAGGUGGCGGCGUACGGCGCCUCCAACCAGACCGUCGUGGACAAGGUGCCCCCCGACAUGCUGCACAUGGUCGACCCAUACUGGUAUCAAUUUCCACCUAUGAAUCCACUUUGGCACGGACUUUUGGGUUUCACUAUUGGUGUCCUCGGCUUUAUCUCGAUCACUGGCAACGGCAUGGUUAUCUACAUUUUCUCGUCGACUAAGAGCUUGAAAACGCCCUCCAACCUUCUCGUCGUCAAUCUUGCUUUCUCCGAUUUCCUCAUGAUGUGCGCGAUGUCUCCGGCUAUGGUCAUAAACUGUUACAACGAAACUUGGAUGUUUGGUCCUUUGGCAUGUGAACUGUACGCGUGUGCGGGUUCGCUAUUCGGCUGUGCAUCGAUUUGGACAAUGACCAUGAUCGCCUUUGACCGUUACAACGUCAUCGUGAAGGGCAUUGCCGCCAAACCCAUGACGAACAACGGAGCCCUUCUGCGCAUUCUUGGUAUCUGGGCGUUCUCUCUCGCUUGGACUCUCGCACCUUUCUUCGGCUGGAACAGGUAUGUCCCUGAGGGCAACAUGACCGCUUGUGGCACCGACUACUUGAGCAAGGACUGGUUCAGCCGCAGCUACAUCCUCGUGUACUCCGUGUUCGUCUACUUCAUGCCACUGCUUCUUAUCAUCUACUCUUACUUCUUCAUCGUUCAGGCUGUCGCAGCUCACGAGAAGGGCAUGAGGGAGCAGGCUAAGAAAAUGAACGUAGCUUCACUGCGGUCGUCUGAGGCGGCUAACACCAGCGCGGAAUGCAAACUGGCGAAGGUUGCUCUGAUGACCAUCUCGCUGUGGUUCAUGGCGUGGACUCCGUACCUGGUGAUCAACUACACCGGCGUGUUCGAGAGCGCACCCAUCAGCCCACUUGCCACGAUCUGGGGCUCUCUCUUCGCUAAGGCUAACGCCGUCUACAAUCCUAUUGUAUAUGGUAUCAGCCACCCGAAGUACCGCGCUGCGCUGUACCAGAGGUUCCCGUCGCUGUCAUGCCAGGCGUCGCCCGACGACGGCGGCUCCGUGGCCUCUGGAGCCACCACCGUCACCGAGGAGAAGCCCGCCGCCUAAACCACGGGCGCCUGCCCCCGACGACUUGUCCACCCUUCACGGACUUACGAUUCUGCCAACGCGAUAUUAUUUAUUAUUUUUAUACGCAAACAUUUACAUUUGUACAAAGUUAUAAACUUGAGCACAGAGCGUGGGCUAGUUGCAAAAUAUUCAGGCUACUAUACGACUUUACUUUAACACUCCUGCGUAUUUUGAGUUCACGUUUUGUGUAUCGAGUUGAACGUUGCACACUUUUCUUAUACCUUCGCUUGUAAACAUCGGCCAACGACAUUGAAAAAAAUACAAAAAAAUGUUGAAAUGAACCGGUGUCGCUAGGCCGCCCUUGAUCCAUGAGACUGCUCCUCUUAGGUUUAGGUGAUGCGAUAGAUUCUUAACGAUGAAACAAGCGCUGUAUAUUGGACCUGGUAAAUAAAGUAUCAAGCAAAGUGGUUCAUGACCACAUAAA